AUGAGUGCCAAGUCUGGCAACCAGCGGAACAUCAAAUGGGUUGAGGGCCUUCGAGGCGUGACCUCGGUUCUAGUCAUCACCACACACAUCGCUCGAGCGUUAGAUUACGCCCUGUUCUGGCCCGCAGAUGCCGCCGACAAAGGGCCCAGGGUUCUGCAGCUCCCCUACCUGCGAAUACCGUUCCAAGGCCGCAUCGGGGUGCCGAUAUUUGCGUUCCUGACGGGAUUCGUAUGCGCAUACAAGCCGCUUAAGCUUGCCUACCAGCAGGGCAAUGCUCCCGCCGCUCUGAAGUCGGUCGCGCGAAGCGCCUUUCGACGGCCCCCCCGCCUCGUGCUUCCUGCUCUCAUAGCGACCUUAUUUAGCUUCAUAAUGUCGUGCUUUGGGGCCUACAAGGCGUCGACGCGAUGCGACAGCUUCUGGGUCCGCUUUGACACUCCGGACUUGAUGCCAUUCUUUGCCAACGUGCAAAGGCUUUUCAAGUCCAUGCUCACGACCUGGACGAAUGGGGAGAACCUCUACGACCGGCACCAGUGGGCUAUGCGCCCCUUGCUGGUCGGCGCGUUCCAGGUCUACGUUGUGCUGGCGGCCACAAUUGGAAUGCGUUUCAAGUACCGGAUGCUUGUACAUGUACUCCUAUUUUUGUACUGGCUGAUGAACGUGGAGCCUUUGACAGAAACCUUCGGCGCAAACCUUGCACUCGGCACCCUCCUCGCCGAGCUAGCCCAGCAUCGGCCCACCCAGAACUUUAUUUCGUCACAUCAUCGACUGCUCACGUACAUCAUCGCUCCCCUACUCUUGGCGAUCGGAGGCUUUGUCGGGUCAUACCCGCAGGAACAUGAGGAUUGGUCCCCCUGGGCUGAGAAACUACACAAGUUCUUGGUCGACCCGGCCGGGGACGAGUCGCGCGGCAGUUUCAUUGUUCCCCUACUGUCCAAUGUCCAGCGACGCAGCUCGUCGUUUUUUAUCCAGUGCCUAGCUGUCGCACUGUUUGUGUCCCCCGGCAUCCAGAAGCUUCUGUCUCACCGCUAUCUUCUCUGGUUGGGACACCACUCCUUCGCCGUGUAUCUGGUUCACGGCACCAUUUUGAGGACUGUGGGUAUGUGGAUUGUGUUCGGCAUCACGGGCGAGCCGUGGCAACCGGCCGGCAAAAACGAGGACGGUACCCAGCAGGAACAAGAGUGGUUGCAGCCGAGAUCGGAAGGCCACAAGUUGACGGCCAUCAUCGUGUUCAUCAUACUGACCUACACGGCGGCAUGGGCGUGGAUGAGAUGGGUUGACACGGCAUGCGCGAGGGCCACUCAGUGGCUGGAGAAGAAGGUCUUCGACGACGAUGACGGCGAGGGCAAGGCGGGAUUUGCAGAAAAGGGAUACUCCGGCCACGUGAACGGAAACGGGAUACCACCACGGCUAGCGGAGGCCAACAGGGCUCACCCUCCACCAUAA